CUUUUCUGAUUACAGGUAUUAAAAGUUUCAUCGUUGCAAAGCUCUUACGUCGGUGGUGUGUAAAGAUUGCAUUAGUCAAAGUGAAAUAUUGAAUCACUUCGUCAACGUCCGCAAGAGACGAUAUCAAAAGAGAAGAGGAAAGAAGUAGUUCCUUGGAAACAAAUUAAAUUGAAACGUGAUUAAUUACUUCAGGUCUCAAAGAUCAACUUCUACAUUAAUUUGUUUUCAGCCAUUAUGUUACAUAGCUCCCUUAAGUAUUUUAUUAAUAACGGAACAAAUUCAAAUAUCAAUGUUAGUGGAGAAAUCUACAUGCUUCAUGAAACGAGUACUAUGGGAAACUACGUAGCGUCAGUGGAAGAGAUUUCCGAAUUGAAACAAUUUGAGACUUUUUAUAAACCUAUACAUGGCUACUUAGCCGCGUGUGUUUGUGUAUUUGGAGUGUUGGCGAAUAUUUUAAAUAUAGUUGUGCUGACGCGGAAGAAUAUGCUUACGUCAACAAACGUCAUUUUAACUGGAUUAGCAAUUUCGGAUGGACUCACAAUGGCAUUGUAUUUUCCAUGGGCAUUAGGAAUGUACAUUAUAAAUGGUGUUGAAGCUCGACCGUCAAGGGAUACUUAUCAAUUGGCUCAAUUCCAAAUGGCUUAUGCUAUAAUGAGCGUAAUAGUGCAUUCAGUAUCGAUAUGGCUGACUGUGACGCUUGCCGUCUUUCGAUAUGUUUUUAUCAGAUUCCCGCGACGGGGUGUUCGACUUUGUAACAUAGAAAGAGCUAAAACAGCAUGCGGUAUAGUUGUUGCGGCUGUGUUAUUCGUUUGCUUGCCAAAUUCACUGACCUAUGAGAUAGUUGGGGAGAAUUAUAAUAUUACAUUAAAGGACGGAUCAUACGUUAAUGGAACUGUAUAUUGGGUUGAUGUGAAAAGUGCAACGGGAUUCUGGGAAGUUUUCAAAAAUCUAAACUUCUGGGUUCAGGCUAUUUUUAUAAAGCUUUUACCAUGUUUUCUUCUAACAGUGUUUAGUCUGUUGCUACUUAAGACAAUGAGAGACGCUGAGAAAAGACGUAAGCGGCUUCUCAACAAAGUUCCUUUGUCUGACGGAGAAAGUGGUGCUCUAAGCAGUGGAAGUAAUACCGGAAAGAAAAUAAAAAAGACAAGUCGAAGCAACAGAACAACUCGCAUGUUGCUUACUGUGGUUUUUAUGUUUAUCAUAACAAAUACGCCACAAGGUAUCCUUAGUGUCCUAAGCGGCCUUAUAGAUGAGUUUUUUCAUAACGUGUACAUGCCGCUAGGAGAUUUAUUGGACAUUAUGACAUUGCUGAAUAAUGGUAUAAAUUUUGUUUUGUAUUGUACUAUGAGUAAACAAUUCCGUGAAACAUUUAUUAAGAUAUUUGUGAAAAAAUCUACGGGCGCUAAUAAUGGUGUACGUAAAACUACCACUUAUAUAACGGCGCAAGAUACACAAGCUACGCGCGAUUCUGAUGUAUAAACAUUGCUUAAUAUUGUUUGUAGAUAUUGUUUCAUCAUGACAACAGCAUUUGUCUAUCAAAUGGUGCAUCCUUCUUUUCUAUCGUCAAAAUUCAAAGUAAAGAAGUCUUUACAAAUUUAUUGAACAUACGUUACUGAUAAUAGGUAUAUUUAUAUUUUCAUAUUUUCGUUGAUUGGUACGGCCCCUGACAGUUAUUAUCUUAUAUUUCCGAAAAAAAAUAUUGAUUAGAGUUUGAGCCAUAUAUUGAUUAAUAAUUCAAAUAUUGAACGAGUGUGUACGUGUGGAUGUGGGUAUGGUUGUUUGUGUUUUGACAUUAUCAUGCUUGGAUGUUGGUCAUACAUAAUUUUUAUACAUAUUUCUCUUUUUUUCAAAGCUAUUUUAAUGAAAUAUUCAAGUAUAUUAUUCUAAAGUCGACAUGCUUAAAUCCUAACUAAAAGUUAAAGGCAAACUCGCUCUCUUUAUCUCUUGUUUGUUUUACCUUUGAAACUUUCCAUGAUACAUUAAACAUUUAUUGGUUAAUUAACACAAUCAAAGAUCAAACUGACAGUAAUGUGUACGGAUAUGUCAUCAUGGUCAUAGGUCGUCUUGUCAACUCAGUUCAAUAAUCCCACGACUUUGGACCGGCAAUAUAUAUCGGUUGACUCGGACAAUAAUGUGUACGGAUAUGUCAUAAUGGUCAUAGGUAGUACUGUCAACUCAGUUCAAUAUUUCCACGACUUUUGACCGGCAAUACAUAUUGGUUGACUCGUACAAUAAUGUUUACGGAUAUGUCAUUAGAACAGUCGUCCUGAUAAAUGAGUCUUGUUGAACUAUCACACAAUCCAACAUAUCGUUUUAAAGUAUCUUUUUUUUUAAUAAUUUUAUAUCAAUACGUUCUCGUUCUGAAAUGCAAGUAAUAUUUGCUACUGGACGAUUAACAGCAACCAACUUUUAUCAUCCAGAUAAAUGUUUGCUUUCAUGGUCUUUUAUUUUAUUUUAUACAUCAUAGGAAAAAAGAAGAUAUGAUAAGACUGCCAUGCACUGACACAACUCUCCACCAGAUCAAAUGACAAAGAAGAUAACAACCAAAGGUCUCAGCAUGUCCUUCAACAAUUAGAAAAAACUCAUAUCGCAUAGUCGGCUAAAAAAAACAA